AUUUAGUAACAGUAUCGUAUCUCUUUUUUUUUUUUUUUGCUUCCUUUCUUUGUUGUCAUGGCGGCUCUCUCCACUGUUCCACACCUACAGAUCCACUGCUCAAAGACCGAGUCAGACUCAGUUCAUAAACCCAUUACUUUCCCUUCAAAAACAAUAAGACCCAUCAUCCAUGUCCCGAAAAAACUGGUCUUUUCCCCAAAGAGUGUCGACGAUAAGAUCUCAAACAGCAAUUUCCUUGCCAAUGGACCCGUUCCUUCAACUCCAACUCGUUCAAAGGUGAGGCGGCAUACGAUUUCGGUGUUUGUUGGGGAUGAAAGUGGGAUGAUUAAUAGGAUUGCUGGAGUUUUUGCUAGAAGAGGGUAUAAUAUUGAGUCACUUGCGGUUGGUUUAAAUAAAGAUAAGGCACUUUUUACCAUUGUUGUGUCUGGUACUGAUAGAGUGCUUCAGCAAGUUGUGGAGCAGUUACAAAAGCUUGUGAAUAUUUGGAAGGUUGAAGAUCUCUCAAAUGAGCCUCAGGUUGAACGUGAGCUAAUGCUAAUAAAAGUGAAUGCAGACCCAACGUUCAGAGCUGAGAUCAUGUGGUUAGUGGACAUCUUCAGGGCAAAGAUUGUGGAUAUCUCAGAACAUUCACUAACUAUUGAGGUAACAGGUGAUCCAGGGAAGAUGGUUGCUGUGCAAAGAAAUUUAAGCAAGUUUGGGAUCAAAGAAAUUGCUAGAACAGGAAAGAUUGCUCUUAGAAGAGAAAAAAUGGGUGCAUCUGCUCCAUUCUGGCGAUUUUCAGCAGCUUCAUAUCCUGAUCUUGAAGAAACAGUACCUGAUAACGCUUUUGCAGGGGCUAGAAAGCAAUCAGUAUUUAGUGAGGUCGAUGUUUCUGGAGGGGGAGACGUCUAUCCGGUGGAGUCGCCUGAUGGCUUUACGAUCAAUCAAGUUCUUGAUGCUCAUUGGGGUGUUCUCACUGAUGACGAUACAAGUGGACAUCAAUCUCAUACUUUAUCCAUGCUUGUAAAUGACUCUCCGGGAGUUCUAAACCUUGUUACAGGUGUUUUUGCUCGAAGAGGCUAUAAUCUUCAGAGUUUGGCUGUUGGACAUGCUGAAGUUGAGGGGCUUUCCCGUAUUACAACUGUUGUCCCCGGUACUGAUGAAUCAAUUAGCAAAUUAGUGCAGCAACUCUAUAAGCUCGUAGAUAUGCAUGAGGUACGGGAUCUUACACAGUUGCCAUUUGCUGAACGAGAACUAAUGUUGAUAAAGAUUGCUGUGAAUGCCACUGCUCGACGAGAUGUCCUUGACAUUGCCAACAUUUUUAGGGCCAAGGCUGUUGAUGUUUCUGACCACACGGUCACCCUCGAGCUUACAGGAGAUCUAGACAAGAUGGUUGCACUGCAGAGAUUGUUGGAGCCCUACGGUAUCUGUGAGGUUGCUCGAACUGGACGUCUCGCACUGGUGAGAGAGUCGGGUGUCGACUCCAAAUAUCUACGUGGAUACUCUUUUCCUCUAUAAAAUUUCAAAGUAUUUUUAAGGUAUUGAUGUGAUAUGUAGGACAUAUUUUGCUCUUUGUAUACAGUUUGUGUUAUAUUUUGAAUAAUCAGAACUCUAGUGAAA